GAGAGAGAGAGAGAGAGAGAGAGAGAGAGAGAGAGAGAGAGAGAACGUUAAUGGAAUACAGCAAAUAAACGCGAAAACAUUCUCUUGUUCUUUAGGACAACCGCGUCAUACGACUUUUACUCCACUGCUUAAAACACUGAUUUCUCUCUCUCUCUCUCUCUCUCUCUCUCGAUUGUGUCGAUAAUUCGAUAUAUAGAAUUAUUGAUCUGUCGGAACCAAACCAGAUCCUUGCGCUGCUGAAAAUGGAGCACAAAAAUCCGUACUUGUCUCCAUUUUCGUCGCCUUUUUUACUACUUGUCUUCUUCUUAUUAGUAGGAGUAUUUUUUUUGGCGGCCGGCUUCUCUGUUUCUGCUUCUGCUUCCGCUUCCACUUUCAUUUCAGAUGAUGUAUUUGAGGAUCGAGCUUCAUUUGGUCGGAACCUCCUUCAGACCAAGAACCCUUGCCCUGUGAACUUCGAGUUUUUGAACUACACAAUCGUCACUAGCCAGUGCAAAGGACCGCUUUACCUGCCCAGUCUGUGUUGUGGAGCUUUGACAGAAUUCGCCUGCCCUUAUGUAGAUGAUUUGAACGACUUAACCAACGAUUGUGCCUCAACCAUGUUUAGCUACAUCAACCUUUAUGGGAAAUACCCACCUGGCCUUUUCGCCAGUGAGUGCAAGGAUGGUAAACAAGGGCUUGCGUGCAAUGGAACUUCAGCGUCGGCUCCCACCAGCGGAAGCCAGAUCGUAUCUAUUCCCUCACUGCUAGUACUACUCUCAACGGGUUUCCUAGUGCUACUUUUGCUAUUUCUCUGAAGGCUUGUACGCAAUUUAAUGUUCGAGUGCUUUUGUACUUUCUUAACCUUGUUGAAAUUAUCAUCAAGCCGGCGUUAGUAUCCACAUCUGCUGGCUAGAGCUCACAUUCCUUUGAUUUGUUAUUAUUCCUGUAUGUAGCCCAUUUUAAUAGUACAGUACUUCUUUGGUACUUUCAUGAACCUUCAAGUGCCAGAGGCAUCAAAGAAGGAAAGGCCAUUUGAUGGGCUGUGCAUGUUUGUUAAAGAGAAGAGGAAUCUAUAUAAUAACCUAGCUCAUUAUUUGAAUGAA